AUGCAGCAAGAUGACAUGGUCUGCUGCCGCCUCGGUUGCCUGGCGACGCGCCUGCUCCAUUGUGGCAACGCGCUGCACCUCAACGUCACUAUUGUUCACCUGUCUUCCCACUGCGCCAACGAGGGCAUCGCUCCCGUCCGCUUCACGUGGUCGCCGCUCACCGUCAAGCUGCAGCGUCCAACGCACUUUGCGCUCAAAGAUGUGUGGGAGAUGAGCAAGCCUGUGCGGCUCGACCUCGAGACGCUCAAUCCGUCGCCGGGCCGCACGUACCCGGUGCUCAAGACCUGCGUCGAGGUGACGCGGCGGCCAAACUACCACCUUGUCAACGUUGUCUUUCCAAUGGCGUGCUUUGUGCUGAUGGGCUGCUGUCAGUUUGCGCACGAGACGUCCAAUGUAGAAGGACGCUUGGAGUACAUGGGGGCGAUUGUGCUGACCAGCACGGCGUACAAGAUGUCGGUCGCCUCCUCCAUCCCGGCCAUCGCCUACGUGACGCUUCUCGACAG